UGCGAUCCGCAUAACUUUGGCGGUACUGAACAGCAAAACAAAUUGGUUAUCGGAGGCGAGGCCUGUAUGUGGGGUGAAUGGGUUGACGGCACAAACGUAAUUAGCAGGACCUGGCCGCGGGCCAUAGCUGUGGCCGAACGACUCUGGAGUGCCAAAUUAGCAGGACCUGGUAUGCCGCGGGCCAUAGCUGUGGCCGAACGACUCUGGAGUGCCAAAAACCUAACGGAUAUACAUCGGGCUAAUCCCAGAUUUGAUAGACAACACUGUCUCAUGCAACAACGUGGUAUAAAUGUGGAGCCGGCAAACGGACCGGGAUAUUGUCAAUGCGAUUAUGCCAUUUGAUUCAAUACUAGUUCAAUACUGUCCAAUACAUGCUUACCACCGA